AUGAAAGGUGCUUGCGUUCUUGAUAUUGAUCUUAAUGAAACUAGAUUAAAAGUAACUAUACAAUCAUCAUGUCAUCCACAAUAUAUUUCAAUAGAUGUUAUGUCUGUUAGAGCUGAAGAAAAAAAUCAUCGAAAAACUGAUAUACUACGUACAAGUUCCACAGUAGAUAUUCCAGUAGAAGAAUUUCGUUCAAUUCUCGAUACAAAUAUUAUUGAUACAUUUUUUGAUAUGUCGUACUUGUCUUCCUCAUUCGCAGCCACUUUACAUGGUCAUCCUUUUAUGUCAACACAUGCAGCAAAUAAAGGAGCUAUUGUUGCAUUUACAAAAUCUCUUGCAUGCGAAUAUCUUCUUCAAGAUGUACGCAUGAAUGUAAUAGCACCAGUUGGUAUUGAUACUCCUAUGAAUAAAAAUGUUUGA